AUGACAGACCGCAAACCACCUACUUCCUCCAACCUCACCCCAGCUUCCCCCACAAUGCCAGACUCAGAUUACACAGACGACGAGUCGGAAUAUGAUAGUCCAUCUUCAACAAGAGCCGUCAUAAUGGACGCGCUCCUCGCGCCAUUACGCGCACUGGUAUCGAAGUCCGCUCUACGCCUCUAUAUAAACGCAUUACUAUUCAUGGGCGCAACAACUCUCCUAGUCGGAAUCUCAACAAUCGCCUACGGAAUCUUUUACUUCAAUUUCAUUCCUACAAUCGGUCUCGAGCGUGAAGUCCACCUCCAAUUCGGCAACGGAAAUCCCUGGGGAACAGCAACCUUCGAAUCUGAAUUCAUUGCCCAACAACCCUACGACGUAACAGUAAUUCUCGAACUCCCCCGCACACCCUCAAACCUCGAGACAGGAAACUUCAUGCUAGAUUUAACCCUCUACGCCUCCCGUCCCGCAUCCGCAGUCUUGCCCAUUUCCUCGACCAUCGCGCCUAUUGCACAUGCGCGCAGACCGGCGCUGCUGACGUAUGCUUCGCCGCUUGUGGAUGUUGCGCAGCGGACAGCAAGGUUACCGUUUUAUGUUGUUGGGUGGAAGCGUGAGGCGGAGGUUUUGGAGGUUAGUAUUAUGGAGGAACUGGAGUUUGACAGGGGGAUGGGCAAUUUGCCGCAGAGUUUGAGGCUUGAGAUUCAGAGUGAUUUGAAGAUGCAGGUUUAUUUUGCUAAGGUUGAGUUUCGGGCUCGGUUGACUGGGUUAAGAUGGCUCAUGUACCGGUGGAAGAUUACUUCUUUCGUGGUCUUCGCCUCAUUAUUCUGGUUUGUCUCGGUUGGCUCUGCUAGCCUAACGUGGCUGGCUUUGACUUGGGUUUUGCAGCCUGCUACUAUACCCAAGACUGAGAUUAGUGAUGAACCGCAGGGUCUUGCUAAGGAUGAGUCUGAUGGUGAUAGUUCCUCGGGUGAGACUUUUAGAGUUAAGAAAGAGGAAGCGCCGGAAAGUAGCUUGGUUCAUAGUCUUCCUGCUGAGGAUGAAGCUGGCAUGGGAUCUGGGCUUGAAAGUGCAGAAGCUCGUGGAUUACAGAGACGGCGGAGUCAUUUGACACAGCAAGCAGAUUAA